AUGGCUCUAGAUAGCUCGCAAUAUGACUCCUUGGUCGCGGAGUACGAGACCUCCCUGAACCUCCCCUCUCGCCGCUGCAACGUGGCAAACCUCUUCGCCAAUCUCGGUGAUAUCCGAGGCCUGAGGAUCCUUGACCUGUCAACAGGGACAGGUUACUUUGCUCGAUCCAUGGCCAAAUUUGGCGCGAGCAAAGUCAUUGGCGUGGACAUCAAUACCGGAAUGCUGGGGAAAGCCAAAGAGCUCAUUGCUGCCGAUCCCGCGCUGCCAAAAGAUGUGAUUGAGCUCGAGCUCGGUGAUGUCUUUAGCCCGCUCAGCUUGAAGAGUGCCGACCCUGGCUCGUUCGACGUCGUCGCGGGUGUCUGGAGCCUCAACUACGCUGGGAACCAGGCCAUGAUGAACCAGGCAUUCGAAAAUAUUACAAAGUACCUCAAGGACGGUGGAAGAUUUGUUAGCAUCAUCCCCAGUAAGGUAGCACACGGCAAUCCCGACAAAUGGCCUGGGAUGGACAACAAGACUGGGUGGUAUGGCGUGCGCAGAAGGAUUAUCGGGGAAGUAGAGAAUGGUUUUCGGCUACGGUUGAACUUCCUGACGGAUCCGCCCCUAGAAUUCGACUGUUAUGACCUUGAUCACGCCGUUUAUUUCAAGGCUGCGGAGGCUGCGGGCCUCAAGGACGUCAAGACAGAUGCGAAGGAGAAGAUCGCGCCCCCGUUCAAGGAAGGCGAGGACCAAUCCUACUGGGACGCAUAUCUACAAUGGCCACUCUUUGAUGUUAUCACUGCGACCAAAUGA